AUGUCGUCACAUUUAUGUUCUGAUGCUACAUAUAAAUUAGUAUGGCAAGGUUUUCCAGUGUUAAUCAUUGGUACAACUGAUUUAAACAAAGCAUUUCAUCCAUUUGGUUUAGCAAUAUGUUCAAAUGAAAAAACAAAAGAUUUUGAAUUUAUUUUCAAUUGUAUUCAAAUUGGAUUGCAAAGGAUAAAUAAAGAUUUAUUAAAACCAAUUGCAUUGAUAUGUGAUGCUGCUGAUUCGAUUAAAAAUGGUUUUAAAAAUGUUUUUAGCAAUUCUUAUUAUCAUAUAAUGUGCUGGGCACAUAUGAAAAGGAAUGUUGAAAAUCGUAUAUGUCAUAUAAAUGAUAAAGAUAUUGCAAAAGAAAUUAUGGAAGAUAUUGAAAUGCUUCAAUUGUGUGAUUCUACAGUUAUAUUUAAAUUAGCAUCAGCAUUAUUUAUCAAGAAAUGGAAAAUGAGCAACAAACAAACAAACCAAUCAAUCUUAGAGUUUUUGAAUUAUUUCGAUAACGAAUGGCUUAGAUCAAAUGAUACUUGGUACGAAGGUUUACAACUUUAUACACCAAGUACAAACGAUGCCUUAGAGGCAAUCAAUAAAACAAUUAAAGACGAUGGAACGUUUAGAGAACGUCUCGUUUUAUCAAGAUUUUUAACAAUAGCUUCAAAUAUUGUUAAUAACUGGUCAAUUGAACGAGAUACUUCCUCAAUUAAUGUAAAAUUAUUUGCUACAGAACCAACAAUAUCUUUACAAUUAUGGACUUCAUCAUAUCAAUGGGCUAAAUUAAUAAAAGACAUAGUAUGUAUUCCAAAUGUUUCCUCAAAAAAAAUAUUAUAUACCAGCUCGUGA